AUGUUGAAAACAGACAAUGGUGAUGCACAUAUCUACGUAACUAAUCCAACUUAUGCCAACAUCAAGAAAUCACCCAAACUUGCACUGAAGGCGAAGAAUAUGGAUUUGGGAAACAUCAUACUGUUUGAUGAUACGGACCAGCAGCAUGAAGACCAACCAAAUGGAGCAACUAUUCGUCUUGGUGAUUCAUUAAAGUCAUCCACAGAUGCCCUGUCAAUAGAGAGUAAGGUUUCUGGUGUAAACUCUGCACAUGGGGACACGCCUAAGGUUGACUAUGUUGCCGACCCAAAGGUUGAUUAUGUUGCCGACCCAAAGGGUAAGAACUCAAAGACAGUGGACAGUAUUUAUUUACCAGGAGAGGGAGCACUUCUGCUUGAUCAAAAAAGCAGCACUCCCACUGUGCAUGCCAUCAAUGUCAAACCUGCUGAGGAGAAUGCUACCACUGCAGGCAGUGGAGAUAAUCUCCAGGCAGAUGUAAAUAGUAUCACCAUUCCUGGGGAUGAUUCAAUUGAUGGUGGGGGUCCCAAAGUCGGGAACCCUUCUAAGCCUCAUAAAAAGGCAAGUAGUGCUAAUAGCCUGACCCCAGUUGUUCAAAAUGAACAGUUUUGGAACAACAUGAAUGCGCUUGAUAAUGACCCACCUAAAUCUUUUCCAACUCAGAAGUACAGUGAACUGGUCACUGAGCUAUAAAUCUGCAUUUCCAAUGAAAUAAGGUUUUGCCUCAAAUGUUAAACAUUGAUUUUCAUAUAUUUGGAAUAAAAACUCAAUAGAUAUCAAUAUUUCAUAACUGGUAAUUUGUAUUAAAGCUUAAUUAAAUCGGGGACUAAUUAAGGAGAGAUAGAGGCUAUGAUGUCACAGAUCAUUGUUUAAUACCUGAGGUGAAGGGUCAACGAGAUUCAAGCCCAUUCAUUUAUUAAGGCCUACUUACCAGCAUUAUAUUGUAUAUAUUGUAUCAAUCACUACACAUAAUCAACUUAUUAACAAAUACAUGUUGAACAGAUGUUCAUACAUAGCCAAAUUGUAUAUAGUCUUGUGAGAGAUUUUAUGUUAUACCAAACACAAAUACAUAUCAAGUACGAUGAAUCAUUGCAAUGAGAUUAUAUCCAGGAUUUGUUGGUAUAUACAGGGUGUCCCGAAAGUA